AUGAACGGUUCAGCUAGAGACAUAGGUUCGGGAGUUGGAGUAGUCUUGGUCAGCCCAGAAGGUCACAAAUUGAACUCAACUGUCAGGUUCGGAUUUAAGGCCGCCAACAAUGCUGUUGAAUAUGAGGCGCUUAUCGCAGGCCCAAGAUUAGCAAAAGAAAUGCAAGUAAAGAGGCUGCGUAUCAACAGUGACUCCCAGCUAGUGGUAUGCCAAGUGAAUGGCAGUUUUUCAGCUAGGGAUAAAAUCAUGGCCUCUUACCUGAAGAUGGUGAUGAACCUCCUCCCAUCUUUUGAAAGAUUUGAAAUAAUACAGAUCCCUCGCCUCGAGAACACACAUGCAAAUGCACUCUCCGCGAGCAGCAAGGACUCCGAACUACUUGCAAUAGUACCAAUUGAGCACCUCCUCGUGCCGUCUACCGAGGCUCCUAAAGUGAUGUGGGUCGGAGGCACCCCCACCUGGAUGCAACCAAUUAUAGCCUACCUAAAGGACCAGGUCCUGCCUACUAACAAAGAUGAGGCCUACAAACUGAGAAGGAGAUCGGCUCAUUUCCUCUUCAUUGAUGACGUACUCUACAAAAUGAGAUUUUCCUCCCCACUUCUUCGCUGCGUGAGGGGAGACGAGGCCACUUACAUCCUGAGGAAAAUCCACGAAGGUAGGCAACCUUCGCAGGAGCUAACCACCGUCUCCAGCCCAUGGCCCUUCUCCAAGUGGGGGAUGGAUCUGAUAGGUCCUUUGCCUAAAGGUAGAGGAGGUGCGAACUUUGCCAUUGUGGCCAUUGAUUACUUUACGAAGUGGGUUGAGGCCGAACCACUAGCAAAAAUUGCAGAAGCAAACACUUCCAAAUUCUUUUGGAAGAACACCAUAUGCCGGUUCGAAAUUCCCUACUCCGUAGUUUCAGAUAAUGGAAGGCAGUUCGACAAUAAGAAGGUCAGGAACCUAUGCGAAGAACUUGGAAUCAAGAAGCACUUCUCAACGCCUCAUCAACCUCAAGCCAAUGUCCAAGUUGAGGCUGUAAACAAGACUGUCAAACAUGUCCUCAAAAGGAAGCUGGAUGCCUAA